CUCACGACUUUUUUUGUUCACGACUACCUUUCACGACCUCUUCAACAAACCCACUCAACGCUGCUCACCACACCGCUUGCUCUCACCCAUCCAGACUUCUUUUGAACUUGAUUCACGUUCCAAACCUACCUUUACCAACAACCCCCCAUCUUCUUCUACAUCAACAAUCAUGUUCUACCCAAGCUCCGCAGGCAGCGUUAUCCUCCCCGGUGGCUCAUCUUACGGGUCCUCAUACGGAGGGUCCGCCUAUGGCGGCGGUUAUCAUCAUGCCCCAAGACCCUACCAUGCACCACCCAUGUCGGCCAUGAUGCCCCAACAGCACUAUUACCCACCACCGAUGCCAAUGCACGCGUACCCACAGACAGCCAGCCCGAUCGUGUACCAGGCCCCGGCCUACGGGUACCAGCAGCCGUACUACGGCGGUGCCCCAACAGUCAUCCUCUCCUCGCCACGGAGGCGGCAUCACAGGAGAUCGUCAAGCCAUCAUCACAGCCGCGGUUUCUUGAGCUACCUAUAGGCUCGACAAAACAUGCACUUGCCAUAUGUAUCAUGCUUCACUUUAUCGGACAGGAGUAGGAGGUUCAGUUCUAUUUCGCAUUGGUUUUUUUCAAGAUCGUAUUCGUGACGAAGAAGCAAGGAAACAAAGCGAAUUUUCAUUGAGAGCCCGUAGUGGGGAGGGAAGGAGGGAAGAAGUGCAAAUUACUGGAUCUUGUAUGUUUAUUAUGGAUCUUAUCGUGUACUAGUAUGAAUUGAAGGGUGCGGGUGGGUUGUCGGACGACCACCUUCUAUUUCCAAUGA